AUGGCGUCGGCUGGAGUAGACAUGCCGCGUCGCGAGCGUGGAGGCCAUCGUGAUGGCGGCGACUCAUAUCGUCCCCAGCGCCCUCAGCGCCCCCAGCCGCCACCGCGCACCGAGGAGGAGAAGCAGGCGACGGCCAAGGCAGAGUACGAGAAGCUCCUCAACAUGAGGUCGGGGGGCACCUACAUACCACCGGCGCGGCUGAGGGCGCUUCAGGCGCAGAUAACGGACAAGACGAGCAAGGAGUACCAGCGGAUGGCGUGGGAGGCGUUGAAGAAGAGCAUCAACGGCCUCAUCAACAAGGUCAACACGGGGAACAUCAAGCACAUCGUCCCCGAGCUGUUCGGCGAGAAUCUCGUUCGUGGGAGGGGACUCUUCUGCCGAUCCAUCAUGAAGGCGCAGGCGGCCAGUUUGCCCUUCACGCCCAUCUACGCGGCCAUGGCGGCCAUUGUCAACACGAAGCUGCCGCAGGUCGGAGAGCUGUUGGUCAAGCGCCUCGUCAUGCAGUUCCGCAAAGGCUUCAGGCGAAAUGACAAGUCGGUGUGCCUGUCUUCGACAACCUUCCUCGCCCAUCUCAUCAACCAACAGGUCCAGCACGAGAUGCUGGCGGGCCAGAUGCUCCUGUUGCUGCUGCAUAAGCCGACGGACGACAGCGUCGAGAUCGCCGUCGGCUUCUGCCGCGAAGUCGGCCAAUACAUCGAGGACAUGCAGCCGACCAUUGCCAUGGCCGUCUUUGAUCAAUUUCGAAACAUCCUGCACGAAGCCGACAUCGACAAGCGAACGCAGUACAUGAUCGAGGUGCUCUUCCAGGUUCGAAAGGACAAGUUCAAGGACAACCCGGCCAUCAAGGAGGAGCUGGACCUUGUCGAGGAAGAGGAUCAGAUCACGCAUCAGGUCAACCUCGAGGGCGAACUUGACGUGCAGGAUGGCCUCAACAUUUUCAAGUUCGACCCGAGCUGGGAGGAGAACGAGGAGGCGUACAGAAAACUCAAGGCGGAAAUUUUGGGCGAAGACAGCGGCGACGAAGACGACGAUGACGAUGACGGUGACGAAGAUGAGAGCUCCGAUGAGGAAGAUGAGGAGACCAAAGCCAUGGAGAUCAAGGAUCAAUCCAACGUCGAUCUUGUCAACCUGCGGAGGACCAUCUACCUCACCAUCAUGUCGAGCGCCGAUCCCGAGGAAGCGGUGCACAAGCUCAUGAAGAUCAACCUCCCGACGGGCCUCGAGUCGGAGUUGCCGUCGAUGAUCAUCGAGUGUUGCUCGCAGGAGAAGACGUACACCAAGUUUUUCGGCCUCAUCGGUGAGCGGUUUGCCAAGAUCAACCGUCUCUGGUGCGACCUAUUCGAGCAGGCCUUCGUCAAGUACUACGAGACGAUCCAUCGGUAUGAGAACAACAAGCUUCGCAACAUUGCCCAGCUGUUCGGCCACAUGCUCGGCGUGGAUGCCAUCGGCUGGCACUGCAUGUCGGUGAUUCACCUGAACGAGGAUGAAACAACGUCGAGCAGCCGCAUCUUCAUCAAGAUUCUUUUUCAAGCCAUCGUCGAGGAGACCGGACUGCCGAAGCUGAGGGCCAAGAUGAAUGAUCCGGUAAUGCAGCCGAGCCUUGCCGGUCUGCUGCCACGGGACAAUCCUCGCAACAUCAGGUUCUCCAUCAACUACUUUACCAGUAUCGGCAUGGGCGCUCUCACGGAGGAGAUGAGAGAGUACUUGCAAAACAUGCCGAAGCCUGCUCUUCCGGCUCCCCCGGCGCAGGACAACUCGGAUUCGGAUUCCGUGUCGAGCUACUCGUCCUACACUGGAUCGUCCUAUUCGCGCUCGCCAUCUCCGAGUCCGAAUCGGGCCAAGGUCGCGACGGAAUUACGGCAAGAGCUUGUCUCGGUCGCCGAGCCCGGCGCCUCCGAAGCGAAGGAGGCAGUACAGCGAGAGCAGGUCUCGGUCGCCGCCACCCGUGAAAAGGGGCAGGCGAGAGAGCUGAUGGAUGAUGAUGGCAUGAAUGAAUACCUCGGGAACAUGUUGCGCGCGGUGGGAGCAGCCAAGCGAUCAAGGACCCAAGAUACUCCGUUGUCCGUGGAGUACCGCAUCCUCAGCGACGCCACGGCAAGCUCCAAGCUUCAAGCCGACAAAAUCUUGCCCACUUCAACACCAUCGCAACUUCUCCGAUCGCUGGCCGGAACCGAACUGCUUCACCAUCCACACGCGACGCAUGCGAGCGCACGAUUUCACCCCAUUGACCGCCAUCUUGCUACUACUGUCUCAAAACUAGCGGAUUCUGACGAGGCUCGCCUCGGCGAGAUCGUGGCCAUGGCUUAUGAGCCCCGUGGAGAUCCCGGCGAUCGCGGGGGACAAGAUGGUGGACAUCUCAAGAUUCGUGGGAGAAGGCCCGUUACCGACUACAGCGCCACUGUCAUCCAAUGGCUGCGCAACCGGACGGCUUCGUACAAGGGCGGUUAUACUGGUGAGGCGGAGAGACCCAGUGCAAGUUACAUUGUGGAUAUGAUCCCGCCGGCGGGCCGACCGGUGUCUGCUGCGGAUACCAUCCCCUCCAAGCAUCUACACUCCUCCUUGAACAAGAUCAAGCACCCUGUCAACGUCGUGAGAUGGACUCCGGAAGGUCGCCGGCUCUUGACGGCAUCGACGAGCGGAGAAUUCACCCUCUGGAACGGUACUGGGUUCAAUUUCGAGACCAUCAUGCAGGCCCACGACGCUGCCAUUCGAGCUCUCGAGUACUCUCACAGCGACGACUGGCUGAUCUCCGGUGAUCACGAUGGCCUAAUCAAGUACUGGCAGCCAAACUUCAACAACGUGCAGAGCAUCCACGCACACUCGGACCCCAUCCGAGAUCUCGCCUUCAGUCCCAACGACUCCAAGUUUGUGAGUGCCUCCGACGACUCGACCCUCAAAGUCUUCGACUUUGCCAUGGGCCAGAUGGAGUCCAAGCUAGAAGGACACGGAUGGGAUGCGAAGACGGUGGAUUGGCACCCUACCAAGGGUUUAUUGGUAUCCGGGUCCAAGGAUCAUCUGGUCAAGCUGUGGGAUCCCCGAACCAGUCGCUGCCUGACCACCCUUCACGGACACAAGAGCACCAUCACCAAGGUUACGUUCGAAAAGGUUCGCGGCAUGUGCCUUGCGACGUCGGCUCGAGACCAGACGGCACGCGUAUUCGACCUCCGGACGAUGCGAGAUAUAUGCCUCCUGAAAGGGCACGAAAAGGAUAUUUCGACAUUGUCCUUCCACCCGAUCCAUCCCAACCUGCUCUCGACCGGAGGCAUGGACGGCUCCCUCUUCCACUACCUACUCGACACCCCCAACACCCCUCCCGGUCAGGCCUUGACUGUGGCGCCGUAUGACAGUAUGGAGCCCAGCACGACGCCUGCGCAAUCCGUCUGGCCGACGCACAAGGUACCUUUUGCACAUGACUACGCCAUUUGGUCGCUAGACUGGCACCCUCUUGGCCACAUCCUGGCUACCGGAUCCAACGACAGGAUCACCCGCUUCUGGACCCGCGCCAGGCCCGGGGAUGUCGACGUCUCCCAAGACCGAUAUCACAUCGGCGAGGCCGCGGCCGAAGCCCAGGGCACCUGGGACCGUCGGGGCAAUCGUCGACAGCGACAGGAGGAAGAGCAGCAAGAGAUGGAGGAUGAGAUGGAGGCCCUCGUCGACCAAGAUGCCCAAAAGCUCGCCGCUUCUGGUCUGCCUGGCAUCCCGGGCCUUCCCCUGGGCGGCGGUGUCCCCGGCCUGGGAGCCGUCCCUCCGCCGCCGCCCAUGAUCCCCGGUGUCGGCGCCGGCGCCGGGGCUCCCCUGCCACCUCCUUUGUUCCCUCUUCCGGGGCUCAACGGAGCGCCGCCGCCUCCGUUGCCAGGUCUCGACCCCAACAACCCUCUCGACCCCGCUCGUCUCCUCGAGAUGAUGAAGAAAGCUGGUGUCCCCUUGCCGCCCCCGGGCGCGCUGCCUCCCGGCCUCAUUCCGCCGCCCGGGAAUGUUCUUUCGCUGCCCGGCGGCUUUCCGCUGCAAAUCCCGCCGCCGCCGCCGCCGCCGCCUCCACCCGUUCCGCAUGUGGAGAGCGACAAGGGCGACACCAUCAGACGACGGGCACCUCUUCCCAGCCAAGAGGAGAGCCUGCGUCACGAGCAGCGGCACGGCAAGUACACGAGAGCCCGGUAG